AUGGAUAAUAAAGAUAAUAAAAGUAAUGAAUAUAAAGAUAAUAUUGAAAUUUUAAACUAUAAUAAUGAAAUUGAAAAAGAAUAUGAAGAAGAAAUUGAAGCAAUAGAAGAAGAAAUAGAAAAGGAAGCUAAAAAAAAAUUUUUGAAAAUAAUAAAAUUGAAGAAAAAAAAUAAAACUGUUAUAGCUCAAAAUACUACAGAAAAUAGUUAUAAUAGUAGUGAAGAGCUUGAUAGUUCUACUUUAUAA